AUGAAUUUGGUAAUGACUUCGGGUAAUAAAAAAGUGGGGCGUUACAAUGAUGGUGAAGAAGGUGGUGAAGAGGUUUUGAAUGAAUUUCAGGAUUUUGGUAUUGGAGAGGUUGUUAAAGCAGCUAGUCCUCCAAUGUAUCUUGCCACAGAAGUGUGGCGUUACAAUGAUGGUGAAGAAGAAGGUCAAGAGGUUUUGAAUGAAUUUCAGGAUUUCGGUAUUGGAGAGGUUGUUAAAACAGCUAGUCCUCCAAUGUAUCUUGCCACAGGACUUGGGAUUGGUCGCGCCGAUGCCAGUGCCGACAGUGUUGAGGAGUAUUACAAGAGUAUGGUUGGUGAAGAACCUUCCAACCCUUUGUUCUUGAGGAAUUAUGCUCAACUUUUGCAAUCUAAGGGAGACCUUCAUGGAGCCGAGGAAUACUACUUCCGAGCUACAUUAGCAGAUCCCAAAGAUGGUGAAAUUUUGCUGUUAUAUGCAAAAUUAGUGGUGUGGGAACUUCAUCAUGACCAAGAUAAAGCCAUGUCUUACUUUGAGAGAGCAGUUCAAGCUACAGCAGAGGACAGUCACGUUUUGGCAGACUAUGCUUGUUUUCUCUGGGAAAUAAAGGAAGACAAAGAAGAUUGUUCUGUGAAUGAUCAUACUCAGAUUGAAGAAGAUGAUAAAGUUCUCGUUGAAGUUCAGAAGACACCUUUCGAAGAAGAAAAAGAGCUAGUUAGCCCUUCAUUACAUCUUGCGAUAGGGGUGGGGAUUGACGUAGCUGUUGUUGGAGGCAUUGAUGGUGUUGCUUGUAAUGCAGCAGAUUUUGGCAAAGGUGGAAACACGGUGGAUUAUUACAUGAGGAUGGUAGAGGAAAACCCUAGCAACCGUUUGUUCCUGAGAAAUUAUGCUCAGUUCCUUUAUCAUUCCAAGCGAGACCUUCAAGGAACUGAGCAAUACUACUCGAGUGCAGUACUUGCUGAUCCUGCUGAUGGAGAAAUAAUUUCGCAAUAUGCUAAGGUGGUGUGGGAACUUCAUCAUGACCAAGAUAAAGCCAUGUCUUACUUUGAGAGAGCAGUUCAAGCUACAGCAGAGGACAGCCACAUUCUUACUGCAUAUGCUAAUUUCCUCUGGCAAACAGAAGAGGACGAGGAGGAAGAUGGUGCAGCGCAAGAUCACAUUCAAGCACCACUUUUUCUGGGAGCAAUGACUGCUGCAAAUGUCUAACUCUUACAUCGCAGACAGAUUAACAGCUCAGUCACUAAUGUAAUGUUUCUUUAGUAUGCAAAUUUUCCUAGAAACAAGCAUAAUGUACAAAUUUUCCUAGUGAUUUCGUCAAUUAUGUGGUAAUAAAAAUUUUCCCAGUAGGUGUUCUGAUCUGU